UCUCAAAUGCUCGAAAACAUUCCAGAUCUUCUGGAGUUAUCGCAUCAUUAUCUUCGUUUUAUCAAUCCUUUCUUGUGUAUCAGUCCAAUGUUCUGCGCUUUUUUCUCCAGGUAUAUAAUUUUCCAAUCACACGAGCAUCUUUUGCGCCAACCGCGUUUCCAGAUUGCUAGCUGUGAUUGUAAUCUGGUCGCUUCAUGCGCUAAUUGAGCAAUAUCGGCGGCGCACACCUUCAUGGAGCGAAACCACCGCGAUUACCCGUGCGAAGACCGUAAAGUUGAACUCCUAUUCUGCUUACUGCGUAGCGACUGUUGCCAGAAAGUAAGAGAGCCGGUUUUCAUGCUUUUUAUAAGUACAGAAACGUCUCACACCUCGUCAGUGUUUGAACGCUAAAGAAUUUCCACUUGAGUGCAAGGACGCCUUACAAGCGUUCGAUCUGUGCCGAAUCGAGCUGGUAUGUUCAACUGGGAUACGCUAACAGAUCUGCUUUAGAUUGAUAGAAGAACACGAUUGCGUGGACGAAAAUACGGGUCAAACGACUAGCUGUCCUACUCGGUUGAGGGAAUUUCCAUAUUUAUUUUAAUGGCGUCAGUAUUUGUCACCGUUGGAACUACCUUGUUUGAUCAACUUGUUGAGGUCACAAACGAGCCCCUUUUUCAUGCAGCUCUUUGGAUCCUCGGCUAUCGCUAUCUUGUGGUGCAGUAUGGACGUGGUACUACCAUACCCUGUGCUCCCUCUGAUGAAUCCGUUCAAAAGGCCGUUGUUGAACUUGGGUGGCCAGUCAGUGAAGCAUAUCCACUGGAGCUUUCCAUGUUUCGCUAUAAACCCAGUAUUCAAAUGGAAAUAGAUGCAGCGAGCUUAGUUAUUAGUCACGGUGGAGCGGGGACGUGUGUUCAAGCUCUUACACCAACUGGCUCACGACGACUGAUUGUAGUUAUUAAUGACACGUUGUUGGGUAAUCAUCAAGAGGAAUUGGCGUUUACGCUUGCACGAGGAAGACACGCUGUGGUUACGACUCCAACUGAUUUGACAACGCUACUUCUGAAGGGUACCUCUGCAAUAUACCCUUCUGAUGCUCAGUCGUUCUACGAGUUCUCCCCUGAUGUCAAGCAGUUCCUUGGACCAUCUGUUCCUCCAGAACAAGCCGGAUUCGUCGGAUUUCAUCGCGGUCAUCCAGAACGCUUGCUGGCUUACUUGGAUGAACGUCUGACUGUUCUACGUUAGAAACUUUCGUAUCAUCCAUAGGCCAUGUAAAGCCUUUUAUAACUUCAACGAUGUCAUACACGAGUUUUGAUUGAAGAGCUGGG